AAUAAAAAAUUUGAAAUUUGAUUUUUGACUUUUCUAUUGUUUAUAUUGUGACUGAUUGACGACCCGAAACUUUAAAAGAAACAACCAGUGAAUCAAACAACCAAAGCUUGAAAAAAGGAAAAUGACAACCAUUUAUCAAAAAUUUGAUAAUGAAAUCAAGAAAAAAAAUUGUGAUUAUAAUCAAUUGGAAAAAGAAUUAUUAAAUGAAUGGCAAGCAAAAAAUAAUCAAGAUCCUGAACUGGCAUGGCGUUUAUCAUCAUUAAUUUAUUAUAAAAGUUUAAAUCUACAAAAUGAUGAAGAAAUUAAAUUAAAAUCACUCGAAUCAAUGCGUUAUGCGGAAAAAUCAUUGGAAUUGUUUGAAAAAAAUACAUCAAAAACUAAAACUGCUGCAAACGAUAAUACAUUUUAUGCAUUGAAAUGGUCAGCAAUGGCACAUGGCCGUUUAGCAUUGUUCGAAAUGAAUGAUGUUGAACAAAAAAUUUUACAUACAACUAAUUUUCUUAAAUAUUUAAACAAAUGCUUACAACAACAACAACAACAGCCAAAUAAUCAACAAAUUAAUAAUGAUUAUUUGGUUUUAUUUAUGCAAGGUCGUUUUCAAUUAGCAUUGUCAAUGUUGGCCGAAGAUGAACUGAAAAGUUUUCAACAACGUUUAUCAACAACAACAAUUGCAUUACCAAAAUUAAAUCUUUUGGAUGGUGAACAGAAAUUACGUCGUUCAAUUGAAUUGGCACCCGAUUUUAUUGAUAAUUAUAUUACAUUAGCAUAUUUAUUGAUAAAAGAAAGAAAAAUUUCCGAUGCAAAAUCUAUUAUUGAACAAGGUUUACGACAACAAUGUUCAAAUAAAUCCGAUGAAUUGAUUCGACAAGAAUUAUUAAAAAUUAAAGAAACAUUGGGUUGAAGCAAUACGAAUCGAGAUGUGUGAUUUGCUGCAAGAAAUUCCUUGAUUCGAUUUUGUUUUACUAAGAACAAAAAAAUUAAAAUUUGAAAUUUUUUUUAUUGAA